CCUCCCUCUCGUAAAAGAGACUGGAGCUCAUGUUUGCCACAUGUUUUGUAUGCUUACAACACCACACCCCAUCAGGCGACCGGUGAAUCACCCUUUUUCUUGAUGUUUGGACAGGAACCUCGGCUGCCGGCUGACUUCCUUUUAGGAAGAGUUCAGGAACCUGUGGCUGGAAGUGUCCAUGAUUGGAUUCAGGAGCAUCAGGCCCGCCUUCAGGUAGCUUUUCAGGGUGCUCGUGAUAGGUUGAGGGUGGCAGCGGAGCGCCGCAAGAGUCACCAUGACCAACGAGUUCAACAUGCUCCCCUGAAGGUUGGUCAGCUAGUGUGGCUAAGGGACUUUACCCCACGAGGACGUCAUAAGAUCCAUGACCUAUACGGCCCAGUAAAGUAUAAAGUCCUCAGAGAGCCCAGUGAGGGAGGUUCAGUGUAUACUAUAGCACCUGUAACUGAUCUAGCUAAAACCAGAAAUGUUAAUCGCAUACUGUUAAAGGCGGUGGUAGAAGAGUCUGGAGAAGGUGCCAUUGGUCCCAGCUCACCACUUGGUGAUCAUCGCUUUGAAGAUGAGAUGUCAGGUGAUGAGGAUAUGUAUGUUUUGGUGAGUAGCAAUCCUCCUGCUCCAACAGUGGUGCAGGCUAACCAACCUUUUCAGUCAGGGGAUCCACUACCUCAGUUGCCAGGUCCAUCAGGCAUUGUUACUCAUGGGGGAGUAGCAUCUUCUGGUCAUUCACCUGGUCCGUCUAGGGCUGACAGUGAACCAGUUUUGCGGCGGUCAGCAAGGACAACUGCAGGCCAGCAUUCUAAUAUUAACCGUCUUCCCAGACCAGCAGGUGAAGCUCCACCGGCUGUAAACUCUCCUGAUCCUACAGCUAACUCUAUUUUUGUCCUAUUUAGACCAUGGAAUUGAGUCGUCGGGACAACGACACAAAAGGGGGGGUAGAAUGUGGCAGGAAGAGGUAUAGGCUUCAC